CACCGGAAGUGUAUCUUCAGUCAUCGUUGGUGGACCAUCAAAGAUGAGUGGUGAUACUAAUGGAAAUAAGGAGUUCCAUGAGCAGCUCCGUUUGCAGCAGCUGUAUGGCCAGAAACAGGGGGGCAGAGAUGACCCUUACACCUUCGUGGACCCAGAGGAUGGGACAGAGUAUGACUGGGACCAUGACAAGAAAGCAUGGUUUCCUAAAAUAACAGAGGACUUCCUUGCAGCGUAUCAAGCUAACUACGGCUUCACAAAGGAUGGGCAGCAUGAUCCAAAUGCUGCAUGUGCACCUGACACCGACACACCAGCCAAACCAGAGGAGGGGAAGAAAGCAGAGAAGAGCACAGACACGGAACAGUCCAAAGAGGUCAAAAAGGAGAAAGGAGAGAAGAGGAAGGCAGACGCAGCCUGGUUUGAUGUGGAAACAGACAAGAAUACCAAUGUGUAUGUGUCAGGUCUACCACCAGACAUCACCACGGAAGAGUUUGUUGAGCUCAUGUCUAAGUGUGGCAUUGUCAUGAGGGACCCUGUCUCUGAAGAGUACAAAGUCAAGCUCUACAGGGACGGCUAUGGGAACCAGAAGGGGGAUGGACUCUGCUGUUACUUAAAGAAGGAGUCUGUAGCCCUGGCUGAGGGGCUGAUUGACGAGUCAGAGAUCAGGGGUUAUCAGCUCCAUGUGGAAGCUGCCAGGUUCGAGCUCAAGGGUCAGUACGACGCCAGUAAGAAGAAGAAGAAGAGCAAGGAUUACCGGAAGAGGAUGAAGGCCCAGCAGAAGCAGCUGGACUGGAGGCCAGAGAAGAAAGGGGAAGCACGCAUGAGGCAUGAACGUGUGCUCAUCAUCCAGAACAUGUUCCACCCCAGUGACUUUGAGGAAGACCCCCUGGUGUUAAACGAGUACCAGGACGACCUGCGGACAGAAUGUGAGAAAUUUGGUCAGGUGAAGAAGGUCAUUGUUUUCGACAGACAUCCUGAUGGAGUGGCUUCGGUGGCCUUCAAAGAGUCAGAGGAUGCAGACGUGUGUCAGAUAGCAUUGGACGGCCGCUGGUUUGGGGGCAAGAAGUUAUCAGCACAGCUGUGGGAUGGAUCCACUGACUACCAGGUGGAGGAAACCACUAGGGAACGAGAAGAGAGGCUGAAGGGCUGGGCAGCCUACCUGGAGGGAGGGAGCAAGGGGCCUGCACCGCUGGGGGCACCGCCUGGAAGUACAGAGGGACCAGAUAAACCAACCACAGAGUCAUCGUUCAGCAAGGCAGAGGGACCUGUGACAGAGACCUCCAACUCUCAGAGCCAGGAAGCAGGGGUGAAGGUAGCAGAAGACCCAGGGGUGGAACCAGAGACCUCUGAGGACUCAGCAGUAGGUUCCACUGACAGCAGCCUGACAGGAAGUGAUGAAGAGGACACGUAGAGAGAUGUCUGUCUACGUCACCCUCUGUUCAGCGUAUAAAAAGGACAGUCUGCUAAACUGCCCCACACCUCCCUGUUUGAUUGGUGGAAAGUGACACAUUGAGGAAUUGGACUGUUGGCAUGGAAGUACUCGGUUCUUGAAUACUUGGCGAUUUAAUUAAAAAAAAAAGUGAUUGAUAUAUUUAAUUAUUUCCCUUCAAAAACACCAAUACAUUUGCAACAUCGCUUUAAUGUAUUUUAUACUACAUUUGUGUAAUGAACUAAAUUAUCUUGGUCUUGAUGUGAAUCAUCUGGAAUGGAUACUCCGUUAGAGACCAAGCCUUGGAGAAGUGUUCAACUGAAAGGGUUUACAUCCAGGUUUCUCAUUGGCUCUCUCGUAGUGGACUCGAUUUCAACCUUAAAGCUGAAACUCAAGUGUC